GUAAAAUCUUUGGUACGCAGUACUUCCAAGCCUGUAAAAGCCCCACAGGAGCUAUAGUUACAUGCUUUUUGUAGGGCUUACGAAACCAGGACGUAGUGCGGCCAAACGCAUUGGAGCCAUAAGAAUGCGGCAUUUCUCAGGAUAUCCGCAGCCACUCAAGUUUGACCUCCUCACUUCACGAUGAUCCCACAAUAUUUAUUUUAGAUAUGUCACUCUCUCCCACUGCCACGAUCGUGAAUUUUUUCGUCUCCUACUUACAUCUGUGCCGCAGACCAUCUGGAGGGUGUUAUCGUGACUAGCCCCUCUUCCAUCCAUGCCCCCCUACCCAGAGCCACAGGCUGAUUCCUCUCCCCUACGGCUUCACCAUCAUUAUUUUUAUAUCAUCAUCUGGGCUCUGCUGGCAUCAAUCAUUCUUUAUAUUCCGGGUGGUCUAAGUUUCGUCGAUGCCUUACUUCUCGCCUCCGGUGCCGCCACCCAAACCGGGCUCAACCCCAUCGACCUCAAAGACCUGCAUAUUUCACAACAGAUAACACUAUGGCUGGUUCCUAUGGUCACGAACGUAGUGUUCCUCCAUUCAUUGCUGGUUUUAAUCAGGAUUUAUUGGUUUCGGAAACGCUUCAAGAGUGCCAUCCGUGAGGCCAAAGCAGUAUGCCACAGUCAACGACAGCGGAUGAACCAAGCACUCGACUAUGAGGCCCGAAGGCCGAUAGGCUUGAACAGAACUAUUACGGAUACGACUGAUACGACCACUACUGCGUUCGACUCUUCAGACAGGGACGACGAAGAGCAACCCCUACUUGGAAGUACGGAUGACGAGAUCUCCCCUGGGGCGUCCCCCCCGACACCCGUUCAGGGUUCAUCUCCUGUCGGUUACCAGACUUUCAAGCCAGCCGCCAUAGGCCCCUCAAGUCCUCGAAUCACAUUUUAUGAAUCUGACAGGGACUAUGAGGCAAGGCAGAAGAGGCGAUCCUCUUUUUCUCGUCGUCGCUCGUUUUCCGAGGCUGUGAACGAGGCUUUCCCACGGACAGACAGCUCCAACAUGCCUGUUUUGCCGUCGUUGAUGUGGCAACAUUCGAUUGCAAGUUAUUGUGACUGGGAUGAAGAUCAGAAGGAGGAGCUUGGAGGAAUCGAAUACAGGGCGCUGAAAACAUUGAUGGUCAUCCUGGCUUGCUACUUUCUGGCUUUCCAUCUACUCGGCAUUAUACUGUUUAUUCCGUGGAUCAUGACGGACUCACAUUACAGUGAGAUGGUCAAAGACAUGGGCUUGAACCGACCUUGGUGGGCCGUAUUUACCGCCGGGUCUGCGUUCCAUGACCUAGGAUACACCUUGAGCCCCGACUCAAUGUCUUCGUUCAGGAACGCCGCAUUUCCACUAUUAGUGAUGACCUUUCUGGUGGUGAUCGGGAACACCGGCUUUCCGUGCAUGCUGCGCUUAAUUAUCUGGUUUUUAACAAAAUUUACAAGAGACGGGUCUCCCUUAGACGACGAGUUACAUUAUCUGCUCGAACAUCCCCGACGAUGUUUCACAAUGCUCUUUCCUGGAUCAGAGACUUGGCGAUUAGCAGGUGUUCUCCUCCUGCUUAAUGCUCUGGACCUUUUUGUUUUCUACACACUCCAGGAGAACCCCCAAAGCAACCCCUUCUCCCCCGGCCUCCGUCUCGUAGACGGCCUAUUCCAAAUCGCCUCCACCCGAACGGCCGGCUUCUCAAUCACCUCUCUCGGUGCACUCCAUCCUGCAGUCCAAGUCUCCUUCGUUGUAAUGAUGUACAUCUCCGCCUUCCCAAUCGCCAUCGCCAUCCGAAAAACGAACGUCUACGAAGAAAAAAGCCUCGGCAUCUACGACGAUGAAGACAAGCCCAACCCCCACGGGCUGGCCGCACACAUCCAGCGCCAACUCGGUUUCGACCUGUGGUACGUGAUGCUCGGGUUCUUCCUCAUCUCUGUAACAGAGGGCAAAAGGAUCCAACAAACCCACGGCCACGAUCUCGCAUUCUCUCUUUUUCCACUUCUGUUCGAGAUCGUCUCCGCGUACGGAACAGUGGGCUUGUCGUUGGGAUAUCCCAAGACGGAAACGAGUCUCAGCGCGCAAUUUAACCCGGUGUCAAAGUUGAUUAUUAUUGCUAUGCAGGUGCGUGGAAGACAUCGUGGUCUGCCGCAUGCGUUGGAUCAUGCUAUUCUGUUGCCCUGUGAUGUGCAUCAGGAUCAGCAGGGGGAGUGGUGGUGGAAGCGGUGGUUGAGGAGGAAGAGUUCGAAUAUUAGCAAUUUCUUUUCGCAUGGGAAUGCUGGCGAGGAUCUUGAGAGGCUUUCUCUGUGAGGUCAUCAUUCGGUGUGGAAUCUAUCAGGUGAUAUCCUAAAUAUCAAUGCCUACGCCAUUGUUCACUCUAUGUAUGUGGAAUAAAAUUUUGAAAAUCAACAAGAAUAUAUCUUCUUUGGCGUA